GAGUGCCACCGCUGGACUCUCAGUUCUCACAUUUUCAUAAUAGAGAGCUGGAACAAAAAUCCCUUCAGCAAAUUGACAACAUUUUGGAAAGUUUCUGACUAGUGAUCAGAAAUGUCGACCGAAGGAAACGAUGGACCUCUUAUCAGAGCUCCAAGUGAGCAAUCCUCCAUCAAUAUGGGACCUCAGGGACGAUCUAACAAUCAGGCCCUGAAGGUGGCAGGAAUCACUCUGCUGGCUGGAAUACUGAUCGCAGGUCAGGCCUUCACCGCCUACAUGGCAUACAGCCAAAAGGAUCAGCUCAACACCCUAGAGAGACGCAAUGACCGCCUGCAUGAGCUCAGCCGCAAGUUUGCUAUGCGCUCCAGCGCCCCCAUGAAAAUGCAUCUUCCUAUGAGCUCCCUUGCUCUGACGCUUGAGGAGGAGCCCAAAGAGAAGAAGGAUUCCCCUUCCUCAUCUCCCAAACCAGAGCCCAGUGUUCUCACCCAGUGCCAGAAGGAGGCUGCAGGGGAGGCCAAGAGCCUCCUGCCAUCCUUCCGUCCCAGGUGUGAUGACAACGGAAACUACCUGGCCCAGCAGUGCUGGGAUAAGACUGACUAUUGCUGGUGUGUGGACAAGAACGGCGUCGAGAUUCCUGAUUCUCUGACCGAAGGUCCUGCUCAGUGUUGGGCCCUCAAUUCCGAUAAGACAAUGGUGAUGGAGCCUCUGGUGGGGACAGAUCAUCAGUGAAGAGGAGCAAUGAAGACUUCAUAAAUAUCAUAUUCUGGUGUCUUUGUCUUUAACUUUAACAGCUGAACUUUCACAUUUACUUUAGAUUCAUAGCUUGGUUUGAGGUACAGCCAGAUAUUUUGCUGUCACAAUAGUGAAAAUCUAAACUAAAAUUCAUUGUGUUUCAUAUCGUACUGGAAAGAAUUACAGACUUUAGUAGAUCAACUGCAGCAGACCUUUUAUAAAGAAAAAACUUUCACUUUAAUAAUUGUACUUUUUUGUUGUUGUUGUUUUUUAUUAACUAACCUUUAUUGAACGUUUGUUGACUGGAUGAUGAGAGAUAACUAAUAUUAGAAGGAUAGAUGAAGAUGGAUGAUGGAUAGCUAACAAAGAUGGACAAUAAAAUUAAUUACUAACCA